AUGUUGGGCCGGGGGGCGGCGGGGGGCUGCGGCCUCCUGGUGCGGGCGGCGAGCCGGGCCCUGAGCCUCAGCCACAGCCGGGGGACGGUGGUGGUGGAGCGGUGGUGGCAGGUCCCGCUCAGCAAAGAGGGGCGGCAGCCCCGGCUGCACCCCCGGAGGCACCGCAUCUACAGGCUGGUGGAGGACACCAAGCACCUGCCCAAGGAGGAGUUGGAGCUGAUCCUCACCCAGUCAGUGGAGAAUUUGGGGAACCGGGGAGACGUGGUCAGCGUGAAGAAAUCCGUGGGUCGUAACAAACUCCUGCCCCAGGGGCUGGCCGUCUACGCAUCGCCGGAGAACAGGAAGAUGUUCGAGGAGGAGAGGAAGCUGCGCCAAGAAGGGAAGCUGGAGGUGCUCCAAACCCAGAGUGGGGAGAAGACCAUCAAGUUCCUCAAGAGCUGCCGCCUCGAGGUGGGCAUGAAAAACAACAUCAAGUGGGAGCUGAACAACGAAAUCGUCGCUCGCCACUUCCUCAAAAACCUGCGGGUUUUCGUGCCUCCCCACGCGCUGGCGCUGCCGGAGGAGCCCAUCACCAGGUGGGGCGAGUACUGGUGCGACGUGACGGUGAACGGGCUGGAGACCGUCCGGGUGCCCAUGGACGUGGUGAAGUUCCUGCGCCCCAAGACCAAGCGCUACAAGCACUGGCUGGCGCAGCAGCAGGCCCAGCUGGCGGCACGGAGGGAGGCGCUCCUCUGAGUCUGGGGGGGCCCCCCCGCACCCCCCACA